AUACCACUCCCUGCUCCAUACCAAGAGCAAAGACAAGUCCAUAGCAAAGGAGAGGGCAAGAUCGAGAGAGAGAGGAGCGAGGAUUCACCCACCACCCACACCAUGCCGUCCCACGACAAGGCCCUCGCCGCCGCAGCGUCCGCGGCGGCGUCGCUGAUGCUGGUGCGCAGCGUGGCGAACGAGCUGCUGCCCGACGAGGUGCUCGACAUGCUGCGCUCCGGCGUCGGCCGCCUGCGGUCGCGCAUGUCCUCGCAGCACACCAUCACCAUCGAGAAGAAGGUCGACGGGCUCACCAACAACCACGUCUACGAGGCCGUCAAGGCCUACCUCGCCGCGCACGUCAGCACGAGGACGCAGCAGCACCUGUGCGUCAGCAGCUCGGACGAGGAUGACAAGAUGACCGUCACCAUGGCGGAGGGCGAGGAGAUGGCUGAUGUCUACGACGGCACCGAGUUCAAAUGGUGCCUCAACUACCGCUACAUCCCCUCCCCAAGUGACUCCGGCAAUGGCAGGCAGAGACAGGUCGAGGCACACUCCUUCGUGAUGACCUUCCCCAAGAAGCACAAGGAGAAAGCCCUCGACUCUUACCUCCCCUACAUUGUGUCCACAGCCAAGGCCAUGAAAGCGCAGGAAAGAACUCUCCAGAUAUACAUGAAUAGUUGGGAGGACUGGUCUCCAAUGGACCUCCACCACCCAUCAACUUUUGACACAUUUGCCAUGGACCACAAGCAGAAACAGUCCAUCGUCGAUGACCUUAACAGGUUCAUCAAGAGAAAGGAUUACUAUAAGAGAAUCGGCAAGGCAUGGAAGAGGGGGUACCUGCUCUACGGUCCACCUGGGACCGGAAAGUCCAGCCUGAUCGCGGCCAUGGCCAACCAUCUCAGGUUUGACAUAUAUGAUCUCGAGCUGACUUCGGUCCAAAGCAACAUGGACCUCAGGAAGCUUCUUGUCGGCAUUAGCAGCCGAUCCAUUCUUGUGGUUGAGGAUAUCGACUGCACCAUCAAACUGCAACAACGGGAGGGAGGCGAGGAAGAUACCAAGUCGGAUUCUACGGACAGCGAAGAUGGACGAGAGAAGGUUACACUUUCUGGAAUGCUCAACUUUGUUGAUGGGCUGUGGUCAGCGAGCGGGGAGGAGAGGAUCAUCGUCUUCACGACCAAUUACAAGGAGCGGCUUGACCCGGCGCUGCUGCGGCCUGGCAGGAUGGACAUGCACAUCUACAUGGGUUAUUGCACCCCCCAAUCAUUCCGAAUCCUCGCCCACAACUACCAUAUGAUCGACUACCAUGCCACAUAUCCGGAGAUUGAGAAGCUGAUGAAGGAGGUGAUGGUGACACCUGCAGAGGUCGCUGAGGUUCUGAUGAGGAAUGAUGAUGCUGAUGUCGCGCUCCAUGAUCUCAUCGAUCUCCUGAAGUCAAAAGUGAAUGAUGCCAAUGUGAUCAAGAGCGAACACAGCAGUGCAAAUAACCAGCUGGAUGAGGAGCAAGAUGACAGAGACCAUGACUAACAUCGGAAACUACAAGCAAUUUCUGAAAAAAAAGAAGAAGACAGGAAUUAGAAGUGGAUGUCUAACCAUUACCAACGGCAAAUAGUUUUUUUUUUUGAGAGAAACAAUGGCAAAUAUGUUAUUUUUUUGAGAGAAACAAUGCCAAAUAUGUGAUUGUUCGAGUCUCAACAAUAUUGUGCUUUAGGAGCGAUGAAAGGCUCUGGCACUCAACAUUGCAUAUCUGCAAAAUUGUGCAAGUACUUUCUCAAAAGCAAGUAUUUUGAA